AUGUCUCACCAAGGACCUCAGAACCAAGGGCCUGGAGGGCAUAACCAGGGCCACGGGGAUGAGCACGGUCAUGGCGGAGGGCAUGCAGGGGGACCUCCUGGAGGCCAGCAAGGUCAUGGCGAAGGGCAUGCAGGGGGACCUCCUGGAGGCCAGCAAGGUCAUGGCGAAGGGCAUGCAGGGGGACCUCCUGGAGGCCAGCAUGGCCUUGGUGGCGGGCAUGUAGGGGGACCUCCUGGAGGCCAGCGCGGUCAGGGUGGAGGGAACCAAGGGGACCAUGGUCAUGGUGAUAAUAAACAUGGUCACGGCGGAGGACGUGAUCAGGGUCAUGGACAUGGUCAGGGUAUCGGUGGGGGAAAUCAUCCACAUUAG